GACUCGUUUCCCGCCGGCGGGAGCUGUGGAGGUCGUGGCGGCGGCUGCUGCGGCGUGAAGGAAAGGAGAUGGGGACUGUCGAGCCCCGCGCCAUGGCGGACCAGCUGUACCUGGAGAACAUUGACGAAUUCGUCACGGACCAGAACAAGAUCGUGACCUACAAAUGGCUUAGCUACACACUAGGCGUCCACGUCAACCAGGCCAAACAGAUGCUGUAUGAUUAUGUUGAAAGAAAGAGAAAGGAAAAUUCAGGAGCCCAGCUACAUGUCACCUACUUAGUGUCGGGCAGCCUUGUUCAGAAUGGAAACUCUUGCCACAAGGUUGCAGUAGUGAGAGAAGAUAAACUGGAGGCAGUGAAGUCCAAGCUUGCUGUGACUGCCAGCAUCCAUGUGUACAGUGUCCAGAAAGCCAUGCUCAAGGACAGUGGGCCUCUGUUCAACACCGACUAUGACAUCCUCAAAACCAACCUGCAGAGCUGCAGCAAGUUUAGUGCCAUCCGAUGUGCAGCUGCUGUCCCCAGAGCCCCUGGUGAAAUUUCUUCUUCGGAAAAAUUUGGACAGGCUGAUCCUCAGACAUCAAAUGAGGCCCUACCCAAUGGUGGGCCUGCUGUCAAUGGCCAUAGUCCUCCUGCUACCAAACAGACUUCACAGCAUCCCAAAGGAAUUAUGGGAAUGUUUGCCUCCAAAAUGGCUUCCAAACCCCAAGACACUAACAAAGAGACUAAAACAGAGUCAAAAGAGGCAACAAAUACAUCUUCAGCAAGCAGCAAACCACCAGGGAAAGGGAAUGUGAUGAGCAAUUUUUUUGGGAAAGCUGCUAUGAAUAAACUUAAAGUCAAUUUGGACUCAGAACAAGCAGUAAAGGAAGAAAAAACAUUGGAACAACCUCCAGUUUCUGUCGCUGAACCAAAGCUGGCAUGCACUGGAGGCCUGAAGAAACCCUACAAGAAAGUAGAGCCUGUUAAAAUGCAGCAAAAGGAGAAAAAAAGCAGGGGAAAGCGGGCAGAACUCUCAGAUGAUGAAGCAAAAGAAACUGAAAACCUGAAGAAAAAGAGGAGAAGAAUUAAACUUCCUGAAUCCGACAGCAGCGAAGAUGAAGUUGUGCCAGAUUCUCCAGGGGCUUAUGAAGCUGAGUCACCACCUUCAGGUCCUCCUCAAUCUCCCCUUCCUGAGCCAGCCCUGCAGGCCGAGCCAGAGCCUCCUUCCAUCAAGGCCACGAGUGGAGAAAAGAAAAGAAAACGGAAGAGAGUAUUGAAAUCCAGAAUCUUUGAGGAUGAGGAAGGCUGCAUGGGUUUUUGUGACACUACUUUCUCCUGGUUCUCCUAUCUGACUGCUCCUUCUCAGUCUCCUUUGUUGGACCUUCACCCAGGUCAUGCCCACUAAAGUGACAGAAAAGACUUAUGAAAGUGAAUCCUGCACAGACAGUGAAGAAGAUUUUAAGGUGAAGACAACAUCCUUACAGAGACCUCCCUCAGUGGCUGUGAAGAAGGAGCCCAAGGAGGAACGAAAGGGCCUCAAGAAGGGGGCAGCUGCUCUUGGCAAAGCCAACAGGCAGGUGUCCAUUACAGGCUUCUUCCCUAAGAAGUAAACAGCUUCUUCCUAUGGAGGAGCAGACCCUCCCAUCCCACGUGUUCCCAAGAGGCAUCAACUCUUGCUUGCUUACUGUGUAAGCGAGUACAUCUAGCUCCUCAGUGCAGACUGCAAGGGCAUCUCCUGGAAGCAAAGGACAAGUGGACGUUUCAAAAGCUGCUUGCUUCUGAUGACAUUCUUAUUCUGUUUAAAGCACAGCCUUCAUGCUGUCUGAGUGGGAUCUGCUCUCCGUCAGUAGAGACAGGUGACAGACUUGUUCAAGAAGUCCUUCCAUGGCUUUCCCCUCCCCCUCCCCUCCUGCUCCAUUUCUGUUCCUGUUAAUACCUGCCUUUGUAUUCUCCCUACAUGUUUGGGCCAUCCCCUUGAACUUCACUGGAUGAAUUCUUUCUCCUUCCUAGGCCCUUCUCCUCUUCCACUCUCCUCUUCCUUGUCACCCUUCCUCACCCCCCGAAAGAAAAAGUAAUAAGAAGUUUUCUUUCUGCCUUUAAAUCCUGAUUGGACUAAGCCUUGUAACAAAAGUCUCCCUGUCAUCUUCUUUUCCUCUGUUCUAAAGUACCCUGGCACCUGGCCCCAGACCAGGAGACAACCACCUUGUGCUGGGUCCUCUUCACAAAAGCCCUCUACACCUCUGCCAGAGCUCACAAAGACAUUGAUGGUUGUAGUUGACUCUGGGAGAAGGCAGUUCACGUAACACUGAAAUCGUCAUGUUCCUGAUAACAGCAAGUACUUCAUAUUGUGUCUGGUGGUUUCAUUUUUUUCUCUUCCUCCUCCUCUCUUAGCACCUAGAAAGUGCAGCCCAGCUAAGGAGGAGGCUUCCAGUGAACAGCAGGCAUUAAGGAUGAAAAGCUUUUGUUCUUCUAAGGAAAUGCAACCUCAGUCCUGCUCUCUGGGGAGCUCCCCCAAGCUGGGGCAGGUUCUAAGCACAGAGACAUACAUGUCCCUCUGACCCUUUAUUUGGCACCACUGUGUACUUGCCCAGGAAUAUGAGGUGCACAAGGAGGCAAGAGGACACACACAGGGCAAAAAAGCAAGGAAACAUUUUUAACUUGUUCUUUUGAGGGGAAAAUCCCUUAAAACAAUCAAUAAAUCAUUUAUUGUAA